CUCCACGCGGGCGGACGGGGCGGAUGAACGAUAUCGUUGUCGUUUCGGUUUGAGUUAGCAGUAGUUAAAGAAGCGAUAAGAACCGCCUUAAUUUCGAAACUUCCAACGAAAAAAAUAUGUGCGGCGACAAAAGCUUCAAUUAGCAUUUAAAAAGGCCGCAUCAUCGCGAUCCCAUCAUUAAAAUCCCUAUAGAUGGAGGAGGACGUGCUGAACGCCCUGCAGACGCGGAGCGCCUACUUAUCCGGCGGAUUCGAUCGCCAGAAGCGCAUCAUCUUCGUUGUCAACGCAUUCAACGAUCUGCAGCUGUGGAACCGCCGCUAUCUGCAGGUGACUCUGGACUAUCUGAAGCGGUCGCUCAGCGCUUCGGUUCUGCAGAAUGGAGUGAGUGUGGUGGUCAAUGCCCAGGAGAGCAGUUCGCGGAUCUCGCGCCAGCAGGUGCGCCAGAUAUACGCCCUCUUCGGGGGCGACAUCAGUGUGGAUCUGUAUCUAGUCAGGGCGGAGGGCUUCUGGGAGAAGCAUGUGGAGCCGUGCACCAAGUCCCAGGUCAAAGGAGAGCCGCUGGUGCUGUCCAAGGCGAGGCUGUUCAAGUUCAUAGAGCCGCAGAACCUGCCCGAGGAACUGGGCGGCACCUUGCAGUUCAACUACGAUCUGUGGCUGCAGCAACGCAAGUCCAUCGACGAGUUUACCAGGUCGCAUGUACAGACUUUGGCUUCGAUGGAGAAACUGCUGGCUCUUCUGCGAAUGCACAAAUCUCUACGGCCGGCGGAAGCGGAUGUGGAGCUGAAGAAGUGCGCCCAGCUGCAUGCCGGUGUCCAAAACGACAUAGAAUCCGCCAUCGACAUGGGUAACGCGAUCUUGGCCCGCUUCAACGAGGUCUACGAGACGCAUUCACCGCCGCCACAAGCGGUCGCACCUGCCUCGGAAUUCCCUGCAAGACCCCUGCCAAUGACGCCCCACUCUACCACUGCUGUCCCUCCGCAGAAGCCCCUCCUGCCACCCGAUCUCGUCUGUGAACGUGCCCGCAUAGAGUUGCGAUUGAAUGAGAUCGAGAAGAAGCAGACAGCCAUUCGGACUGCCUGGCUGGAGUUGCUUCGAUCUUUGAGGGAGGCUCGAGAGCUAAGCACUUUGGAGGAGGGGGUGUCCUUCGUCACCAACUGGAUCCUGCAGCAGGCAGAGCAGCUACUAAGCCGCCAAAGGAGCGUGGCAGGUGAUGUUCGGGGCUGUGAGGCUCUGCGAUCCGCUCACGAUCAGCUGGAACUGGAGUGCCGGGAAACCUAUGGUUGCUAUGCGGAGUUGCUCUACAAGAUCGAACGAUUCGCCGGGGAAAGGCAGGCAUCGCCAAAGGACAAGGAUCUGUGCCAGGAUCUUAUAUCUCAAAGAGAUUUCAUGCAGUUUGUGUGCCGUUCCUUUGCGAAGAGGUUGGAGCGACGGAGGAAUGUCCUGAUGACUGCCUUGAGGUUUCAUCGCCUCCUCGAUCAAUUUGAGGAGCUGCUGACCACCGGUAAUCAUGUGGUGGAGGUGGACAGUCGGUCGCUGGAUUGGCCCGAAGCAGAACAGCUGCUCAUGCAGCUCAAGAAUAACCAGGAAAUGUUGGGCCACGUCGAGCGCGAACUUGUGCGUGAAGGUGAAAAGCUGAGCGACAUGCUGGCUAUGCCGGUGAAAGACGCCCUGGGCCGUGACCUCCAGCUGGACUACAGCCCCGAAAUCGCCCAGCUGCGCCGGCAGAUCGACGAGAGUCGGCGGCGUCGUCAGGUGUGCGGACAUCGGAUGGCGCUGCAGCGGCUCACCUUGGAGCAGGUGACCCACAUCCAUGCCUACGAGGAGGACGCGCGCAGGGCGAGGGACUGGCUGCAGGAACUGUAUGCCGUCUUGCUGCGUUGCCACUCCCAUGUCGGCUGCAACAUCCACGAGAUCCAGCUGCAGAAGGACGAGCUGCAGGGGUUCGAGGAAACCGGACGGAGCAUCUACCACUAUGGCUGCCAGUUGCUGGAGGCUUCCCAGACACUGCGUCUCUGUUGCAAGCUGAACCCAUCAGGAUCUAGAUCACAAUCUAAUCUCAGCCAGAAUUUCAUCAGUGAGGAACUGCAGCACACUUGGCACAGCCUGCAAUCCGUGGCCCAAGAACAGAUGACCAGACUCCGGGUCUCCGCUGUCUUCCAUCGCAGUGUAGAGGCCUAUUACCGCCAGCUGAGGGAACUCCGUCCACUUCUGACCCACGAGCUAUCCGCCCAACUGCAGCAGCAACAAAGACAGCAGCACAACCGCAGUAGCAGUGGAAUUAGUAGCGAUGCUGAGGGGGAAAUGGAGUCGGAGCUGUCUUCUUUGGGAGAAAUGCCUCCGCGACUGCAGAGACAUCUGGUGGCCAGGGAGCAGCUGCUCGUCGAAGUGGGAAGAAUGGUCAGACUGGGAAGACUGCUGAAGAAGCGACUCAAAGAGCCAUUCGUCUUGGAUGCAUUAACAGGAAAGAGUGUCGUGGCCGAUGAGUUACCAUUGGAUUCCACCCCAAGUCCACUCCAUGACAGUGGUAGAACCAGUAGUGCUGGAAGCGAGAUACCCGGUGAGUCCUUGCCAGCCACCGUACAGGUGGUGCCCACCGGCAGCAACGAACUGGCUUGUGCCGCCAUUUCCCAUAAGCUAGGAGCGAUUGCCGAGGUGGCUGAGUCCCUGGAUGCGGUCAUCCGGGAUGUCCAGCAACAAGAGGGAGCAACCAGUACUGAAGUCAACAGUUCCACCGGUAGUCAUGGCAUCAAGAAACUGGGAAGCAUUGAGGACUGGCAUUCCCGCUCCACCGAGGACGAAUCCUUCGCCACCGCCUCUGAGGGCAACUUCACGCCCAACUCGCACUCCUCAUCAUUUCAAACAGCCUCAGGACGCACUAGCUCCUACAUUGGAUCGGCUAAGAACUCCUUCGACGAGGCGGAUGACUCUACUUUGAGCACCUUUGAAAUACCCGAACUGCCACCUUCUCCUGUCAACAUGUCCUUCGACAGCUCCGAACUGAGUUACUUCUCCGCCCGUCAGCAGAGGAUGAAGAGCGAGGAUCAGGAUAGUGUGGCGGGCGUGGUAGAGUUGCACAGUCAGAGUGUAACGCCCACGCCAGAUGAGGAGCAGCAGCAUUUACUCUUGCCACUGCCAUUACCCCAGGCGAUCGAAUCGGAUAGCGAGGUGGAAGGAUUUAGUUUGGCCACGGGGAUUACCACUGAGACAGCACCCAGGAUGUCCAAUGCUCAUACGCCGGAGGUGAGCUAUCGUUCCGCUGAUAAUACCGCUCCGGCUUCAACUAACCCCAACGAAUCGAAACCGCCGACGUCCUGGCGACGCAGUAAAUACUACGAGAACAUAACAAAACAGACGAUCAAGGGGUUUCUCUAGGAGAUCGGGACCACCUGUCCCACCUGAAACAAAACGAUUUCCCGCCCAAUUAACCUGCGCCAUUUGCUUCUCUGCCGAUGCUCGACAUUCUUGCCAUUAAUUAGUUGGCAUAUUAUUUUUGAUGUUUUCCCAAAACUUAUUUUAGCCCAUGAGCUAAAAGUUUUCCCACAGCUUUGGUUGCUCUUUUAAUCUGCAUGAUUGUUCUAUGUUUUAUACAAAAUUUUUUUACCCUUUAUCUUUAAAAAUGUUACUAAAUUGCGAAUAACUAUUAUCCAGUUUAUUGUUUAUUUUACUUGUUUUUCGGCUUUUACCUUUACUAUUUAACUUAAAUAUUUAUUUUAUUAGUUGAAAUUUAGCUUAAGGCCUGCAAAAUUAGAGAAUUCCAAAAUGCUUAAAAACAUAUUUCAAAUAUUUAGUAUAAGAAAUUGAGUUCAGCCGCAGACAGUCGGAAAUUUUUGCCAUUAAUUAUAGUUUUAAUAUUUAUUGAUAACUAUUUCUCCCACACAGUCACAAACUAUAGUGCAAUUCAUAUUGGAAAAUGUUUUACCCCAAAAAUAAAGCUAAUCGUUUAAA